AUGCCCCCCCAAGCUGCCGCCUCACCUUAUGCGCAACAUGCGCCUCACCCCCAACAGUCCAUGACAUCGCAGCCCACUAUGAUGAUGUCUCAAACCGCACCCCAGAACCAAAUGACGCAGCAUGCUGCACAACAUGCGCACGCAGGAAUGACCGGUAGUCCUCGACCCAAAAUCGAGCCUCAGGUGCCUCUGCAGCUCCAGAAGCCUCAGUCAUCUCCGAUGCAGCAGGCUCACCACCCUCAAAACGGCGGACAACUGCAGAGCCCAGGGAACACCACGCCCGGUGUCAAUCCCAGUGCCGCGCCGGGACCUAUCCCCGCCACAACCCCUCUCGUUGUCCGACAAGACGGUAACGGUGUACAGUGGAUAGCCUUUGAGUACUCUAGGGACAGGGUCAAGAUGGAGUACACCAUCCGCUGUGAUGUUGAGUCGGUCAACAUUGACGAACUAUCGCCAGAAUUCAAGCAGGAAAACUGCGUCUACCCCCGAGCAUGUUGCCCCAAGGACCAAUACCGCGGUAACCGCCUAAUGUACGAGACCGACUGCAACCGUGUUGGCUGGGCUUUGGCCGAGCUCAACGUCCCCCUCAGAGGCAAGCGAGGACUUAUCCAGCGAGCGGUCGACAGCUGGCGCAAUAGCAACCAAGAUCCCCGACUUCGCAGCAGGCGAGUUCGACGCAUGGCAAAGAUGAACCAGCGCAAACAGGUUCAAGCUUCUCCGCAUCCCGGUGCGGCUCACAUGCCCGGCCCCAGCGGACCUUCAGGGAUGCCUGGAGGUCCAGGGCCCAUGGGACCUGGUCCCGCCGCAAUGGGCAAACCUGGUCUCGGCAGCAUGGGUCAACCAAUGCACCACCACCAGCCAGGAGCUCACCCUGACGGUACAGGACAAAGUGGAGGAGAUGAAGUUGGUAUGUUCCACCAGAUGUGA